CCGGGUAACGGCCGCCCCCCGCCCUCCGCGAGUGGCGCCCGCGCCGCCGCCGCCGCCGCCGCUCUACGUCAGGCGCAGGCCAGGGCCGCCGGCGCUCGCAGCCCGCGGAGCCUCGGAGCGGAGCGGGGCGCCCGGCCGCCCGCCGCUCGCUGGCAGGUUCUGCCGGAGACUCCGCCGGGCCUCAAUGUGAAGUCAGAGCAGCAAGUCCCAUGUCUGCACGUGUCGGUGUGAGGGUGUCGGGUCACCUGUCACGCCCGGAGAGGGAGCCGGAGCCAUAGAUGGCCGACCGCCGGCGAGCCUUCGUGCCCGGCCCCGAUGUCCAGCACCCCUCCUUCCCGCUGGAGUGAAGACCCCCUCCGGACGCCCCCACGACACCGCCUGCCGAAAAUGCUCCUCGCGCCCAGGAGGCAGCCGGCCAGCUAGCUCCAUGCGCCCGGUCUGUGCAGUCGCCCUGGAUGGUCUGCCACCCGACAGCUCCCCCAGCUCGUGCUCGUGCCCGGGCCCCGGACCCCUGCCCGACAUGUCUCUGCUUCACGCCCUGGGCCCGGUGCAGACCUGGCUGGGGCAGGAGCUGGAGAAGUGCGGCAUCGACGCGGUGAUCUACACGCGCUACGUCCUCAGCCUCCUGCUGCACGACAGCGGCGACAUCGACCUGCAGGAACAGGACAAUGACGUCUUCUUGGGCUGGGAAAAAGGAGCUUACAAGAAAUGGGCAAAGAGUAAGAAGAAGUGUUCAGACCUCACUCUGGAAGAAAUGAAAAAGCAGGCGGCUGUGCAGUGUCUUCGCUCUGCUUCUGACGAGAGCUCUGGCAUCGAGACGCUGGUGGAGGAGCUGUGUUCCCGGCUGAAAGACCUUCAGAGCCAACAAGAAGAGAAGCACCACAAGAAGUUAGAGGAGUCUCCGUCUCCAGAGCCGGAACUGUCCCCUCCCGCGAAGGACCAAGUGGAAAUGUACUACGAAGCUUUCCCUCCACUUUCCGAGAAACCGGUUUGCCUGCAGGAAAUCAUGACGGUGUGGAACAAGUCUAAAGUCUGCUCCUACUCCAGCUCCUCGUCGUCAUCCACGGCCCCCGCCGCGAGCACCGACACCCCGUCUCCCGAGGACGGCCACAGCGAAGGGGAAGCGGGCCGGGAGAGGAGCGCCGCGGCGCCCCCCAGCGUGCGCGAGAGGGUCCUGAGCCGAGGGCAGCGGGACAAGGAGAACAAGUUCCGCAACGGCGCCCCGGAGGAGCGGCCGGCGCUGUACAGAAGGCAGAGUCGGCACAGGCCUGAGGGCAAGAGCCGCCCGCGCUCCUGGUCCUCGGGCUCCAGCGAGGCGGGCUCCAGCUCCAGCGGGAACCGGGGCGACCUGAGCGCUUCCAUCAAGUGUCUGAGGGUCAGGCCCAGGGCGCGGGAGAUCCGGAGCAAGAAGGGGCGGAGCGUGCGGGCCAGGCUGCCACUGCGGCCCGGGCCCGGGGAGCAGGCCGAGCGGAGCCUCCUUGGCGGGGGCGGCGGCGGCGGCGGCGGCAGCAGUGGCGGGGGCUCCACCAAGCAGCCCUGCAAGCAGCGGGGGAAGAGGCCGCUGAAGGAGAUCGCGCGGAGGGAGCCGGGCGCCGGGCGGGAGGAGGGCCGCGACCCACACGCCGAGAGCAGGGGCGACAGGCGCUACAAGGAGGAGCCCCUGUGGUACACGGAGCCCAUCACCGAGUACUUCGUGCCCCUGAGCAGAAAAAGCAAACUCGAGACCACGUACCGCGGCAGGCCGGAGCCCAGCGACCCCGCGGCGGCCGCGGUGGAAGAGCUGGCCGAGUCGGUGCACGGCCUCCACAGAACAUACCUCGCGGCGGGCACCUUCAUCAACGGCCACUUUGUGGAGAUGCCCGCAGUUUUCGACGAGGACAUCGACCUCUCGGGGCCCUCCCUCUGUUCUCUGCCCGAGGAUGAUAAGUACCUGGAUGACAUUCAUCUGUCAGAAUUCACACACUUCUAUGAAGUGGACAUUGACCAAUCCAUGUUGGAUCCCGGUGCCUCAGAAGCGACGCAGGGAGGAAGUCGGAUCCUGAAUAUGAUCCGGCAGAAGAGCCAGGAGCGGGCGGACCUCGAGGCGGAAUGCUGCAUCGUGUUGGACGGGGUGGGGUUGCCAGGGCAACGUGCAAUAUGGACCGACUCUCCCAGGCCUCUGGGUGCCGAGGGCUUCUUCCUGAGGGACCUCGGCCACCUGGCGCAGUUCUGGGAGUGCUGCUCGUCCAGCUCGGGCGACGGCGACGGCGAGAGCUUCGCGGGGGAGUCCCCGACCCUCCUCUCUCCCGCCUCCGACGGCACAGUGCUCGACCCGCACCUGCUGGCCGGCGAUCAAGAGCUCUUUUCAGAUAUUCAUGAAGGAUCGGGUGUGAACUCUGGCUUUUCAGUGUUUGAAGUGCAAUGCGGUGAUUCUGUUUUACCAUUUUCUUUUGAAACACUCAACUUGGGAGACGACAGUGCGGAUUCUAGUGCUAACACGCUUGGGAAGACACAGUCUCGCUUGCUGAUCUGGACCAAAAACAGUGCCUUCGAAGAAAACGAACAUUGCUCCAAUCUUUCCACGAGGACUUGUAGUCCGUGGUCCCAUUCAGAAGAAACGCGUUCAGACAACGAGACGUUGAAUAUUCAGUUUGAAGAAUCCACGCAGUUCAACGCCGCCGAGGAGAUUAAUUAUGUAGUCCCUAGAGUCUCGUCCAAUUACGUAGAUGAAGAACUUCUAGAUUUUUUGCAAGAUGAAACUUGCCAGCAGACCAGUAGGACUUUAGGAGAAAUGCCCACAUUAGUUUUCACAAAAAAAUCGAAACUCGAGUCUGUCUGUGGUAUCCCGCUAGAGCAGCAGCCAGAGCCCGAGGCCUUCGAGACUGCCCAGGCGUGUGAGGAUCAGAGCCCUCACGGAGAAGGCUACAGCUCGGGGGGCAUGCAGGAUAUCUGGGCGAAGGUGGCGGGUCGAGGCUCUGUGGCCGUGGUGGAGGUGGACAGGAUCGGCGAGGAGCUGUUCUCAACAGACGUGAGUGACUACUGCUGCUGCCUGCACGCGGAGGCCAAGAUGGAGCCCCUCCAUGAGCCCCACAAGGCCGUGCAGAGGUCCGAGUACCACCUGUGGGAGGGGCAAGAGAACCCGGACAAGAGCGCUUUCGCGGCCGGCGAGCUGUCGAAGGUGGACGGAGGCGACUACACCACCCCGUCUAAGCCUUGGGACGCAGCCCAAGAUAAAGAGAACACGUUCCUCCUGGGGGGCGUGUACGGAGAGUUCCAGACCUUUAGCAGCGACGGGGAGUGGGCGGUCGUGCCCCCGAGCCACGCCAGGGGAAGCUUGCUGCAGUGUGCGGCCUCCGACGUGGUGACCAUCGCGGGCACGGACGUCUUCAUGACCCCGGGCAACAGUUUCGCCCCCGGCCACAGGCAGCUGUGGAAACCCUUUGUGUCAUUUGAGCAGAACGAUCAGCCCAAGAGCGGGGAGAGUGGGUUCAAUAAGGGCUUCUCUUUUAUCUUCCGUGAAGACUUCCUAGGAGCCUGUGGUAACUUCCAGGUCGAGGACCCGGGGCUAGAAUAUUCGCUCUCUUCCUUAGACCUGAGCAACCCGUUGUCGCAGGUUCUCCACGUCGAGUGUUCCUUUGAGCCCGAAGGCAUCGCCUCCUUCAGCCCUGGUUUUAAACCCAAGUCCAUCCUCUGCUCGGACUCAGACAGUGACGUUUUCCACCCCCGGGUCUGCGGCGCCGACCGGACGCAGUACAGGGCCAUCCGGAUCUCGCCCCGGACUCACUUCCGCCCCAUCUCCGCGUCCGAGGUGUCCCCGGGAGGAGGGAGCGAGUCGGAGUUGGAGUCUGAGAAAGACGACGUGGCCGUCCCCACCCCUUCUCAGGGUCUCGCGUGCGGAGACCCCCAGGCCGACCUCGGGCCGCUGGAAGAGGACGCGGAGACGACGGAAGGCCAUUACUACGGGAAGUCGGAGCUCGAGUCUGGGAAGUUCCUUCCCAGGUUGAGAAAGUCUGGGAUGGAGAAGAGCGCUCAGACGUCGCUCGACUCCCAGGAGGACGCCGCGGGGCUCCUGGCGCUGGGGAAGCAGAGCCCGUGUUUGGAGUGCGGCCUGGGCGCGGCGCUGGCCCCGGAGUCAGAAAGCUCAGAGGCCGGUCGUCGGAUCGUGGCGCGGUGCGAGGAAGAAACGGGCAACUUCUGCGGCUGCCACGCGGGCUGCCAGUUCCCGGUGUGCGAGGACAACCCGGUUUCUUCAGGACGGCCGGAAGAGCCUCCCGCACUGAGCACCGCACUGAGCACCGAGGGACAAGGAGGACCAGAUCCGAGGCUCCGAGAGCAGAGCUGGUGGGAAGAAGCCGCGGGGUCCCCUCGCUUUCCCGCCUCUGAGUGCGAAGGUGAGCGCGGCUCGGACCGUCACCCGCAGGCCGAGGGAGAGGGAGACAGCGGCCGGAGCCAGCCGCGGCGGGUGGACUUGAACAGGGUGUCCUCGGUGUGCGAGGCGAGGUGCGCGCCCGGGAGGAGCUCGGGGGCCCGGCCCGGCGGCGGCGGCGGCGGCGGUGAGAUGGGCUCCGAGGGCGCGGCCGAGUGGGCAGGGCGCCGCCAGGACGGGCUCUUCUCCCGGACUCAGCUCUGAGCCCGCGGGCGGCGGCUUCUCCUCGGCCGCUGGAGACAGACUGACUCGUCCAGCGCCAGUCCCGCCCGGUCCCGCCCGGUCCGGUCCGGUGGAGCGCGUGCAUG